AUGGCCCUGCUCCGUCAGCACUGGGACCUGAGCUUGCUCUCCACCGACACUCGGCUGACCGCCCGGCUCCCUCCUGUGCCCGAUGGACACGCAGCAGAGUCCUGUGCUCGCACCUCGCUGUCGCGGGCCCACAGCAGCCUGGGCCCCGGCCGUUCCCCCAGCCCCCUGGCCUCCGACGACUGUUCCCUGCGCUCGGCCAAGUCCUCCUUCAGCCUCCUAGCGCCCAUCCGAGCCAAGGACGUCCGCAGCAGGAGCUACCUGGAGGGGAGCCUGCUGGCGAGCGGGGCCCUGAUGGGGGCGGAGGAGCUGGCCCGGUACUUCCCCGACCGCACCCUGGCCCUCUUUGUGGCCACGUGGAACAUGCAGGGCCAGAAGGUCACCCAGGGCCCCGAGUCUACCUCGGGGUCACUCCUGUUCGCUCCACAGGGCCUGGCGAAUGUGGAGGAGGAGGCAGAUACCCAGGCUGACAAGGAGGCCAGACCGCAGGGCCCCUCCGGCCCCUCCUUCCGCGCCCUGGGGUGUGGAGCCAGGAGCCUGGUCCGCUGCCCAGGGCGCCGCUGUCCCCCCAGGCGGGAGUGGGAGACGCGCCUGCAGGAGACGCUGGGCCCGCACUACGUGAUGCUGCACUCGGCGGCCCACGGGGCGCUGCACCUGUCCGUGCUCAUCCGCAGGGACCUCAUCUGGUUCUGCUCAGAGGUGGAGAGCUCCACCGUGACCACACGCAUCGUGUCCCAGAUCAAGACCAAGGGGGCCCUGGGUGUCGGCUUCACCUUCUUCGGCACCUCCUUCCUCUUCAUCACGUCCCACUUCACCUCCGGAGACGGGAAGGUCAGCGAGAGGCUGCUGGACUACAGCAAGACCAUCCAGGGCCUUGCGCUGCCCAAGAACGUGCCGGACACCUGCUCCUACCGCUCGGACGCAGCGGACGUCACCACCCGCUUCGACGGGGUCUUCUGGUUUGGCGACUUCAACUUCCGCCUGAGCGGCGGGCGUGUGUCCGUGGAGGCCAUCCUGAGGCAGGACCCGGGAGCCCGCGUGCCCGCCCUGCUGCAGCUCGACCAGCUUGCCCGGGAGAUGCAGAGAGGGUCCAUCUUCAAGGGCUUCCAGGAGGCAGACAUCCACUUCCUGCCGUCGUACAAGUUCGACAUCGGGAAGGACUCCUACGACACCUCCUCCAAGCAGCGGACCCCGUCCUACACGGACCGGGUCCUGUACCGGAGCCGCCACCGGGGUGACAUCUGUCCGCUCACCUACUCCUCCUGCCCCGGGGUCAAGACCUCCGACCACCGCCCCGUGUACGGCCUCUUCCGCGUGAAAGUGAGGCCGGGCAGAGACAACAUCCCGCUAGCGGCCGGCAAGUUCGACCGCGAGCUGUACCUGAUCGGGAUUAAACGGCGGAUUUCCAAAGAGAUGCAGAGGCAGCAGGCCCUGAAGACACAGCACGCCAGCGCCAUCUGCACCGUGUCCUGAGGGUCUGCCCACGGGGGCUGGCACCGCCGCCGGAAUCCCUGGCGAGGACGAGGACGUGCUGCCUGGACUGCGCAGCCUGGGGGACGCUGAGCAGCCGUGGCCAGAGGCAGGCCGCCGUCCUGGCAGGAACCCAGCGGGACGGGGCUGCAGCGGAGCCGGCCCUCACCUCAUCCCUGGGCCAGACCCGCUGCUCGCUUACACGUUUCCCCGCAGACACCCAGCCUCCCUCUCCGCAGGCAGAGCUUGGGCCCGAGGAUGCCCCACCAGACCUGCCACCAUCUCCCGGGACUCACGCCUCUCCAGCAGCAGCAGAGCCACACGUGGCCAGCUCACAGCCACUCCAGCGUCUGCGUCUCCAUCCUCCGGCCCUUUCUCUGCACAUGCCUGGCCUGGUACCAGGGAGGCUGCUCAGUGGGGUGACCCGGGUCCCCCAAUCCCACGGCACGUGCUGGGACCAGGUUGGUCACCAGGUUGAAGCCAGAUAACGUCCAGGGAGCAAGCGUGGUCCCCACUGCUGGGCCGGGACAGGGCCCUGCCCCUCCAGCCACCAGCAGUGCCCCCACCACAGGCCUGUCAAUAGCAGCAGUGCCCUUGCCAGCCAGAGCCGCUGCUGGAAGCUUAGGCUGGCACCUCCUUGCCACCCAGGCUGGCACCGCCACGUCUGGAUUUCAAGGUGUUUAGACCAUUAUUCCUUCCCAUCUGGUUCCAUCUCUUGAAAAGGCGUAGGCUUUGAAUGCGGGGAAACCCAGGGCAUUUGGUCUAGUCUUUCCAAUUAUUUAUUUUCCAUAUUUAUAUUUUUAAAUAAAUGCAUAUUUUGAGUCUUUAACUUUCUGGUCAAAGUGUGAGUCCUAGACACAGCCUGUCUUCAGGCCGUUCUCACCAGAGCUUGUAGGAAAAGGCAGGGGUGCUCUGGGCUGGCGGCUGACAGCGUCCCUCAGCCGCCCCCCCUCCCCCCCCCCCUCCGUGCGGGCCACACCCGUCCUAUAGGUGUGAGUCGGGAAGUCAGUGCCCACCGUGUAGCCACGUGACCGGCAUCAGCCUCCAGAAGAAGCGGCAUGGUCUGACCCAAACCGUGGAAGAGAUUUUAAUGUGAAUCUGAAAAUAGUUUGGCCCAA